AUGACAAGGAAAAGGAAGAAGAAGAAGAAGAAGAAGAAGAAGAAGAAAAAGAGGAAGAAGGGGAAGAAGAAGAAGAAGAAGAAGAAGAAGAAGAAGAAGAAGAAGAAGAAGAAGAAGAAGAAGAAGAAGAAGAAGAAGAAGAAGAAGAAGAAGGGGUGACUUAAUGUACCCAAUUACAUCUGUAAUGACGUUUUGGAAAUUUUCUCUAUUCCAAAGGCCAGGGACCAUCGAGGAUCACUAUGGACAAGGCCGAACACUGAAUUCUACGGACUGCCAGUGAGUUCGAACAGAAGAUUUGUACGGCUAGAUCGCAGUUGGUAGCCAGGACCCGUAUUACAGGUGGCGGGGGGGGGAGGUGGGGUUGUUUACUGUGGCUACUUUGUAAGGCUCCAUAGUCAGAUCUGAUCUAUUUGGCCUCUGUUUUACGUUUGAGGUUAGGAUUGGGGUAUCGGUUAAUGGUUUCCGACAUUCGGGUUAGGGUUAUGCCUUUAGGCUUAGGUUUUUGGGUUGCGGUUAGGGUUUGAGCGUACCAUUAGGUUUCAGUAUUACGGUCAGGUUUUUCAGUUACGGCUGUGUCUAAGGGUUACGGUUGCAUUUACGAUUUCGGUAAGGGCUAGGGUUGUCGUUAAGGUUAACGGUUAACGUUUAAGCUUGAGGUUAGGGUAAGGGAAGGUUAAGGUUAGGACUAGGGUUAAAGUCGCCGUCCGCAUCCCCAUUCCCGGCUACCAAAGGCGAUCUAGCCGAUUAUACACAUGCUCGGAUUGAAUAAACACGAAUACAAUCUGACUGUGAGACGCCAGUUAUUUUUUGGAUAAAUGCAUACGCACAGUUGCUGGGACUGGAUGAACUAUCUGCUCUCUCAGCCCUAUUUCAGCUUGGAACUCCCCCCCCCCUCUGUUGAAUGAAACCACCAGAGGAACUCAAGUAGGCAAAAAUUGCCCCUCCUUAAUUCAAUUAAAAGGCGCUUCUUUUUGACCUACUAGUCGUUUCCUAUAGGCCAAGUACAUUCCCGCAUAGUUAAUUUCUUUUCCUACGACCGUAAGUAUAAUUCGAUCUCGGCCAGUAUAAAUAAUAUGCGCGGGGUCAGAAUCUGCUAACUGAAGAUGGCGAAGACAAGAACAGGUGACUUAAUGCGUCCAAUUACAUUCGUAGUGACGUCUUCAAAAUGUUCUUCCUUCCAUAAGCUAGGAGCACUCGAGGAUCAUUGUGGACAUGGCCGAACACUAAAUUCCAUUGACUUUUAAUGAUUUCAAAUAAAAGAUUGUACACAUGCCCGGAUUGAGCUGACUGUGGGGUCGGUGAAGGAUUAUCGUAUACGGGAGGCGAUAAAUGCAAAACAGGUCAGGAAUCUAACCUUACAGCCACCACGAUAAUCGUCGACGCCUGCAGCAAUAUCUGUUGAGAAUUGUUUGAAGCCUCGGAUGGGAACUCAGGCAAUCGAUGCACCGAAGGGACGCGAACAGGUAGAAAUUGUUUGUCCUUAAUUUUACUAAAAACUGUCGGUUUUUGACUAACCAGCUGUCUGCUAUCGGCCGUGUACAUGUCUGCGCAGUUAACUUCUACUCCUAAAACCAGAAGGAGAGUUCAGUCGCUGCAUCACUUACACCUGGUAAGAUUGAAGGCAUCAAUAUUUCGCUGGCGUUAUCUUUGAGGCUCAGUGGCUUAAACGAAAGGAAACGCUGGAGUUCGGCCAGAUUUAAUGCAUCUAUCGUUGCCUUCGUGGACUGGAACCGCGCUCAUGGCUUCCUUUUCCACGUCCUUGCCUUUCUCGCCUUUUUUUCUUCCUGGUCCUCUUUUUCUUCCUCCUCCUUCCACUCCUUAACACCGUAAUUACAAUAUUAAUAACUACAGUAAGCAUUUGGACUGGCGGCCCUGUGGUGACUAUCGUGCCCUCAACAAUGCGACCAUCCCGGAUCGUUAUCCCGUCCCUCAUCUUCAAGAUUUUGCUGGAGCUCUUUUCGGCAAAUCGGUUUUCUCGAAGACUGACCUUGUUUGGGCCUUCCAUCAGAUUCCUGUCGCUCCUGAGGAUGUUCCCAAAACUGCCGUCACCACACUAUUCGGCCUGUUCGAAUUUAUUCGCAUGCCAUUUGGUCUUCGCAAUGCUGCCCAAACAUUUCAGAGGUUCAUUGACCGAGUCCUACGUGGUCUCCCGUUUGUGUACGCCUACAUCGAUGACCUCUUGAUGGCCAGUCGAAAUGCCGAGGAACACAAAGAGCAUCUUACCUUAGCGUUUGACCGCCUCGAUCAGUUUGGCGCGGUCAUUAACCCUUCGAAGUGUGUUCUGGGUGUGCCGUCCCUUGAUUUCCUUGGUCACCAUGUCGAUGCACAAGGUUUGCGUCCCCUCUCUUUCAAGGUUGAGGCCAUUCGUGACUUCUCUCCUUCUUCCUCCGCCUCUUCUUCGACCUCUACUAAUUCUUCCUCGUGACCAUCAUCCUCCUCAUUCCUCAUCCUUUUUCUCCUUCUUCUUCUUCUUCCACGCCCUCGUCUUCCCUUCAUCACCUCCUCUUUUGCCACCUUUUCCUCUCUUUUACCUGAAAUUACACACUUGUAACUACAACAUAUACGGCAGUUCGACCGUCGUUGCCGACAAUGUCACCUUGUGCUCCACUGAAAGGUGAAAUAGACGCGGUAACCUGCGCGGGAAACAUUUUGUAGUGGACGUUGACUUACGCAGCACCUACUGCCCUCCCUCUUCCCUACUCCCCAUCUGGACCCGACGUCAAGGCAGAGUCAAGAAGACCGGAGACGGGAGAGGGCGCAGGUGACUGGCACGACCAAGCCCGCACCUAGGCGCGCCACCGCAGCGUCUGGUCCACACAGCAAAUAACCAGGUUUUUGACCAAAUAAAACACCAACCACAACAACACCCCAACAGGGGUCAGAAGAACGAGAAUAAUGACUAGGCCGCCAUGCCCAGGACUUGCGUACCUAACGCGAGCGCAGGCGAACCUACCGGCAGGGAACCAGGUGUCAGGGAACUGCUAGCGCUCCGAUGGUCAUGGUUUGCUGAUGCUGGUGUAGAACACGCUAACAGACCUUUUGGCACCAAAUAUUGCACUUCUAGGGAUCACUUUACAUUUACACUUUACUUUACAUAUACUGCCCUACAGAUGAGGACUGGCAAUGCAGGCGGCUAUAAGCGGUCCACUGACAAUGGACCUCGGCUGAUUCAGCUGUUUCGUUUUGUCCCGGCACCCCACUCUAUGAAACCCUAUUUAAUACGGUGACCGAAUCCAAACAUGCCCUAGGUGCUGAAGGCGAAUUCGACUCGUCUUCUCACCAAACAGACGUCGUGUCCAUGGUGGAAUUUGGUCACAGUAAAGCCGAACAAAAACGGCCCCCACAAGGACGACUUGAAGAACUCGUUGGAACAUUUUCAAAUCGACUCGGAGACCUACGACGACCUUCGUCAAUAGUAACAGACAUGGCGCAUUGCUAUGCCUUCGAAGUCAAACGAAUGGCGGUUACCAAAGGCACGGACGCGUCGUAUUAAAAAGAAAGCCAGGGAGACUGCACGGUUGCACUCUGAGUGUUUCAGAAAUAGUUGUCCUGACCCCUUACCUUAACCCCAACCCUAAAUCCUUACACUAACCCCUAACCAUAAUUUCUAAUCCGGUGACAAUCGUAAGAUGGCACCCGAAAAAAUCCGUUACCUAGAAAUAAUACUUUUAACAGUGGACUCAAACGCCUUCAGGCUAUAUCAGCGGUUGCAGGCCUACUUUCACGCACUACUUGGACUUUCCCCGACGGCCUAACAUGGGCUGGCCGAACGGACAUCGCAGGAGGUUACAUAGACGAUGUUCGCUGUUACCCAACCUUCCCCAUCGUUAAACACGUACAUCUGAAUAUACGGCAUACAUUCGCAGUAUAGCAGUUUAUUACAAAACAAAAUCACUUUUAAAUAGGAUAAGUCUGCACAACAUGGGACAGGAACAGUUCCCAGGCAUCUGUCAAAGACAUGGCAUUGAAACCAAACCAAAGACGAUACUGUACUUCGUCCAUGUGAGCCCAUAGAGUUCGAUCACAUAUAGGGCCUCCCUCGUAGAGUUUACUUUUCAGUCUACUCCAGUAUGCCUCAAUGGCAUUGGUGUGCGUCCGGCGGUAGGGUUCUUGAAGUUCUUUGAGUGGUUAACAGAGAAAAGUAGAUAACCUUCUGGGGGAACACGAUUAUACGCCUUCCACUCGUCCGUUACCACUAUACUGCCUUUGGAGACCCAUUUUGUAAUAACGUAACGGACAGCGGGCCAACUUCGAUCAUUCUCCCGUUCAAAUAAAGGUUUCCGUCGGCUAGUAUCGUACUUCCCGACCAGCAACCACCCAUAAAACACCUAAUACCACCUGUCCCGUAAGACAGGCUGCUUUGGUUAGGCGGAUUUUUACCUCUAACCCUAACUCCUGAGCCCAACUUCAUCAUUAUUGUGUCUAUCAGGUUGGACUACACAAUUACAUCUUGCCGAAGUUUUCUCAUUCAUUUUGAUGCCGCUAUAAAUUCAAAUAUAUUCCGCAGCAAAGUGAAGGAGGGAUGGUGACUUGCGCGUGGAUUAGUUAAAAGUAAUAGUAAACUUUCGCAGCAUCUACCACACUCUCUCCCUCCCUACUCCUCUAUCGGGUCCGGUGUCAUGUCAGAGUCAGGAAGACUGGAGGCGGGGGGGGGGAGGAGAGCAGAUAGCUGGCACGGCCGAACCCGCACCUAGGAGUGCCGCAACAGCCGGCUGCGAUCCUACGGAGUGGGAGUGCCGUGAAGACCACAUUAAAAAGGAGCCUUUGCAGUCCGACUCUCAGACCACCAGUCAGUCCUUCCACACAAACAAACAACACUGGGCGGACUGCGAGGUCCAUGUUAUCCCGUCAGUUGGUGACCUUCCAAACUACGGCCUUUAGCGUACCGUGAGAGCUUUAAGUGCGUCAGAUUGUUUAUAGUGAGGAAAAUGCGUUGAGUUGUCGACCUCACUCUCCCUUCCCAUUCCGAGCCCCAGCCACUGUCCGAGCCGGUCAGCUGACUAAGGCGGGGGAUGGGCAUCUAUACAUACACACACAACAGUUUGAACGUCGUUGUGGACAGUACGCACCCUGUGUUCCAAGGCAAGUUAAAGCAGGGACGUUUAUGGUGAUGGUAAACUUGCGCAGUAUUUACCGCACUCUCUCCUCCCCUACUUGGGUCCAUUGUCAAGACAAAGUCAAAAAGACCGGAGGCGGGAGACGGUGCGGGUGGGAGGCAUUGUCCAACCCGCACCAUUUGGCCCACACAGCAAAUUCCCCCGGUUUUUUAACCAAUAACGAAAAUGGGGAGGGUCACGGGCCCCAGUGUGCGCGACAUCUGCCGGUGACUGAAUCUGGCAGACGCAUGGCGAGACCGAUUCUAUGGCCUCUUCAAGUUUCACAAUGUCGGCGUCCCUCUCCGACGCAUCUUGUUGCUCAAAGGUACUUCAACGUACGAACUGGCUAAGUGGCUGCUCCAGCGUCUCCAGUUCCUGACCGCCGAGUCAGACACCACGGUCUCUUCGUCAGCACAAUUCCUGGAGAUACUCAAAGGGGCAAGCCUCCAUCCAAAUGAGGCCAUGGUAUCUUUUGAUGUUACAUCCCUUCUUAUUUCUAUUUCCCAGGACCUGGCGAUCGAGACAAUCGGGCUGCUUCUACAAAGUAAAUACGAUGAAACAGAGAAUCGUCAUAGACACGCCCAAGUCCUUCAGCUCCUGAAGUUCUUCACAGGAGGUACUUCACGUUCGACGGGACAGUCUACGAACAGCUGAAGGGCAAACUAAUGGGUUUUUCGAUUUCGGGAUUCAUCACCGAGGCGCUCUUGCAACGCUUAGAGUCGCUGGUUUUCCGACUUCACAUGCCGAAAUUCUGGGCACGGUAUGUGGAUGAUACCUUCGUCGUCAUCGAACGGGAUCAGAUGUUGACAUUCCAAAAACAUCUCAACGCCGUCUUCCCGGACAUUCAAUUUAGGAUGGAGGAGGAAGAGAACAACCAGCUGGCCUUCCUGGAUGUCCUCGUAUGCCGCAAAUAUUGUGGUGGCAUAAAAACCAAAGUAUUCAGGAAAGCAGCCAAUACGAUGCAAACAAUGAACUUCAACAGUAACCACCCAAUCAGCCACAAACGCAGUUGUUCAGGGGCGCUCUAUCGGCGUGUCGAAACGCACUGCAGUGACCCGGAGGACAAGAUUUCCGAACUACAAUACCUCCGGCGGGUCUUCAAAGCCAAUGGCUACCCGAGCAACUUCGUCAACCGGUGCAUACGCAAAAGGGACGAAAGGCCUAAUCGCACGGACACCAAAGUGUGGCGAGCGCUUCCAUAUGUCAAGAACGUUUCGGAAGCUGUUGGCCGCCUUCUCGCACCACUUGGGGUUGGAGUUGCACACAGACCGGAGGCAACCAUCGGGCGUCAGGUAAUGAAACCGAAAGACCCGCUGCCACGGCAAGAAACGUCUGGAGUCGUUUGUCGGAGCUGUUGUAGUUGCGGACAAAGCAACUACGUCGGAGAAACCGGAAGACAGCUGCGAACGCGAAUGGACGAACUCGCUGCAGCGGUGAGGAGAAAUGACGCCAGCUCUCAAGUUGUGACUCAUUCGACGAGAUCUGGCCACAGAUUCGAACUCGACAGGGCGAAAUUCUCGCAAGAGGUGACAACGGCGUGAGCCGGAAGUUGCUUGAAUCAUGGUCCACCGAGUUGACGUUCCGAUGUGAGUUGGAAGCAGACAAGAACAUUGUUCUACUUUAUUCUUCUACUCAAUUUUGGAGGAGAUAUUAGGCAUCUGUAAUGUAGGUUUGCAACAAGGGAGUUUCGCACCAGGAAUAUCGAAAUUCUACUUACAGUGAAAAGUGAAAAAUCAUGAAACUUCAUCCUCUUUGCCAUUGCCGAUUGUAAAUGUAGAUGGACUUUUUCCCGCUUACGCUGCUUUUACGUAAGUCGGAUGCCAUAACGACGUAAUUGUUGUCGAUCAGCCGUCCGAGGGGAAAGCACCGCACUUGCCGCCUGUCGACCAACUGGUAAAUUCGUCAAUUAGCGUCGAGAUACUGUCUACCACUUCAGUCGCAUUCAAGUCCCUAUCCACCAAAACCGGACUUCAGCAUGCGUCCUACUGCCUUCCUAAUUAAGAAUUCUUCAUCCCCAAGCCUGCGGUCAGCACGUUCGCCCGUUCGGCUCACCAACUGGCCAAUCAGAUUCAAGGCCGUGUCUGACGCGUCUUGGGACAUCAGAUAUUUUCCGUCAUGGCAAUGGUUGUCAUAAUGGUAACGAGUAGACUGGCAGAUUCGAAUAAUUAAUCUCAACUAAUUGUGAGAAAUUCUGCGACCACUGUGAGAUUCGAACUCGCGACAGCGCAGGUGGCCAAAGCGUUCGCUGUCCUGUGUUCGAAUCCCACAGAUGUCGCCGAGUUUUUUUGAAACUGCGUCAGACGAAUUAUUCGUAAGAUGUGGUUAUGUGGCCCCACCUGAUGGACAGAAUACUGUUGAGGUUGGAGUUAGGGGUUUUGGUUAGGACAACUAUUUCUCAACCAUUCAUAGUAUAACCGCGCAUUUCCAAUAGCUGUUUUCGCAUACAACUACUUGACCUCGUCGUCUGUGCAUUCCCUGGUCCCACCUGUAAAAACCCACAUUACUACCGGUCCCGUAUCACUGGUGGCUGCCUGACCAUAUCUGACCGAAUUCCUUCAAACUGUCAAAUGCGCGUUUUAACUAAGUGAGCUGGGUAGGCAUCUGAUGUCCUCUGAAGUGACUGCUUAGAACAUCCUGCAUUGGCAGUCAGCUUACUGUAUUAGAACUGGCGGAUUCCAUACAUUGCGGUGGACUGCGCGGAAAAUUGUAUUCAUUUUUGAUUAAACUCACAGCUUCCGGUGUGAUCUCAUAGCUCAGACGGUCAGAGUGUUGCCUUUACUCAAGUCUUUCCCGUUCCGCCGUAGGUUAAGUGGAGGGUAAUUUUAUUGCGUUUGCUCAGCUGAGAAGGUUUUUCGCGUAAAGAAAAGCGCACACGGAUGAUUUUGACGUAUGGGGGUAUGUCGUGAGGUGUGCUGGGGCAGGCUUUUGUGCAGACCAAUCCGGGAACCGGGCCGUGAACCCGUGAGCAGGAGAUCGAUAUCCUAAUCGAUGACGCCGAUAACGUCGUUGGCAUAUGCCGAAUAGCGCCCUCAGACCGCAUCGUCCCAAACAAUUUGCCGCCUGCGCGAGACUUUCAUCAGAGCUGCACCUUAUUGAGGUAGUGUAUCUGAGAAGGGGGUAAUGACUGACUGGCGGUAGCGGUGCUUGUUUUCGAGAUUUUGCGUUUUCAUGGCAGGAAGUCGUUGGGGAAAAUAAUUUGCACAUGAUUGAGUCAGGAAAUAAGUACGACAGUCUCACUCGUCAGCAGCUUCUGUGGCAAAACAGGAGUGACGGACUUACGCAGACGUGUAACUGAAAACCAAGCCCAGGCCAACCCUUAAUGCGGGAAUUUUGUAUGAAGAAGUUCUGUAGUUGGACUGACCAGAAAAUCCUAAAAGUCUGCUCCAAUCGUAAAAAAGCCAGAAUCUGUUAUGGAAGCCAAUUUUGUUUAUACGGGAUAAACGCGAAACAGGAGAAAGCCGCGCCUAAUCCAAAAUUGACGUGGCACCAGUGCUAAAAAGCCGAAGGAUGUGCAUUAACAUGAUUGACGGGAGAGGUAAGGAGAAGCAGAUGGGAAGCGGGCCAAUGAGAAGACGGAAUGACGGAGACGAAUAGUAGAACUAUUGCAGGGCAAAGAAAUUGCGGAGUUCGGUAAGCUAGGUCGUCACGAAGCCGUUAAACGCAUGGGUAAGCAUUAAUGGUUAUGUGGAUGUGAAUGUUAGUAGGCGGGAUAUCCUUCUACGGCGAAGUUUGUAAAAUUAGAGUAAUCAGUACGAUGGGAAGGUAAAGGAAAUCCAUAGCUAGCCAAUCAGACCGCUAAUUCAUACGCAGUUGGUGCAGUUAGCUAAGCUUUUUAUGCAAUUCAUUUGAAUACAAGUAGCAUUAGGUCUGCAACUGAACACGUUUGCCUGUUUUCUUUAGUAUGCAGAGCGAAAACCAAAGUGGGGAGGGCAGAAGCCUGGCAACCUACCGCAUUUUGAAGGCAAUGACGUCCAGCCGGAAUCCACUAGAUCGAAACUCGAGGAGGAUACGCUUCCGCUUCCCCAAACGAAAGCUAUACGCUGGAUUAGGGGGGAGUGGGAGGAUCGGUCAGGAAAACGAGACCGGAUGCCAACGUGAUGUUCAGGCGGAAUCCAUAAGGCCGAUAUUUGAUUAGGUAAGGAGGAGGACUAUCGCACAAAUGACAACUAUAGGCUGUAUUAAGGAGGAGGAGAGGGAAGUGGGUUCGGCAACGAAAGCAAGAUUGGAAUGUAGGUGUGGUACCCAACGCACCCGUGCUUCCUCAAGCGAAAGCUGUAGGCUGGAUUUGAGAGGACGGGGAGUCUCGGUCAUGAAAGCGAGACUGGAAGGCGGCUUCAAGUCCAGCCGGAGUCCACUAAACUGACCUGCGCUGGUAACCCAGAGAAAAUCAGAAAAACAGUAGAACAUGAUUUAGCCUAUUGAAAACAAAUUAGUAGACAAUUAUGCAAAGUUAAACCGCUCAGGUUACAGUUCACAUAGGUCAGUCUCACCUCGAAGGAAAGCUUACUUUUGUUUCAUGGCGUAAACAAUGAUCGAAACUACAAUAUACUAAUACAUGGAGGAAAAUUUCAACUGUAAACGGAGGAGCUUGUGCUUAACCUACAAAUAGUGACGGAGAAAAAUAAUGCUAAAAAGGCGAAGGCGGAAUGUUGUAAAGCCGCACAAACAGCAAAGUCCUAAGCACUAUCAGGUUGUUAUCUAAGGUAAGGGUUAUUUUCGGCAAUUCUUAAAAGAUCUGAGCUGGUCCUUGUAAAUAAUGUUUGCCACGCGAAUGACUCAGUGUAGAGCAAGGUGUGACUGAGAAGUAAUUCCCAACUGAUUCAGGAACUUAAACUUGAUAUAUGAACCGUCGACAGUAAACGGUAGCGAAACUAAAAUAAGCGCUGUCGCAGUUCGAGAGCGUUAGUUUAGUGUAUAUCAGCAUAUUCAAACAAAGGUAGAGAAAAGUUAAGGCGUACAAGGAAAUACGAAGAAUAAACUCAAAGAUGUGAAUAGACCUAUACGACGACCUCUCACGAGGGCUUCUGUUGAAAGAAGAAGAGCGUUCAAUAAGUAAAGUAAAAAUAAUUGCACCGAGCGCUGAAGCGGAUGUUAACCAAAGGGAUAGGAUUGAGGUCUUUUUGCACAAACAGAGGUUUAGAUUGCCGAUAAAAGUGGAAGUGCGAGUGACAGGAAUUGGUGUAUUUGCGGGUAAGGAAACCACGUCGGAGUAACUGGAAGACUGCUCCGAACGCGAAUGGCCGAACACAAGGCAGCGGUGCAGAAAAAUAACGCCAACUUUGCAGGCCGCGGCCCAUUCGACGAGACCCGGCCACACAUUCAAGUUCGAUGAGGCCGAAAUUCUCGCGAGAGAGGAAAAUCGCGUGAGCCGCGAGUUGCAUGAGCCAUGGUUCACGGGACCUCAGUUUAUCAAUAAGCGCAACGACAUCCCCACUCCAUAUCCUGCGCUGAGACGUAGGCUGGCCAAAGUAAUUGAACACUUGGGGAGCGCACAGGCCUGUGAGCCAGAUGGCCGAGCAAUCAUCAACACGGAUGAUGAGAUUUCAGUAAAUAACAACUUACAUGACGGCCAUCACGCAAUUAGCGCACCAGUGAGCAACAAUUUUUGGUGAAGGGGAGCAUAGUUAAUGACUAUAGGCAUGCGGUAGCAUAGCGACUGCAUCCUAUAAAUACUGCAACUUCCUAUGCACGAGUGACGCGUUUUUGUCAUUGUCUCUGAUGAUAGAUUCAAGUAAGGAUCCGAAAAGCCAAGCAAAUAAAGCCCUUGUUCCAGAGAUCGUUUCUUCUUUUUCUUCUUCUUCCCCUUAGUGUCAACUAGUUCCUGGAACUUGCAUCUCCGCUUGCAGCCACCGCGCCCAUUCCCCGCUCCAGUAAAGUGACCGGCUCGGGCAGUUGCUGAGGCAUAGAAAUGGGAAGAAAGAGAGUCGACUAUUCAGCGCAUUUUCCUCACCAAACGCAAUCUGACACACCCGAAGCUAUCACGGUGAGCUAAAAGCUGUGGCUUUGAGGGUUGCCAACUGAAGGGAUAACUUGGACCUCGCAUUUGGCCCAGUGUUGUAUGUUUGUGUGAAGUGGCCGACUAGUUGUCUGAAAGACAGGCUGAAAAGGUGCCUUCUUAAUGUGGCAUUUAUGGGAUCCGAGCCGGGUGUUUCGGUACGCCUAGGGGCGGUUUCGGUCAUGCCAGCCUCCAUUCUUUCAUUUCUGGUCAAAAACCUGGUCACUUGCUGUGUGGGGCAGGGGUGCGGUGGCACGCCAAAUUGCCGACACGACUUUGCCAGCCAUCUGCGCCCUCCUCCGUCCCCGGUCUUCUUGACUCUGUCUUAACACCGGGUCCAGGCAGGGAGUGGGGAAGAGGGCGCAGUAGAUGCUGUGAAAGUCUAAACCACGCACAAGUCACCGUUCUGCUCUCACCUUGCUCUGGAUCACAUGAUAGACAUUAUCGGAAACGACGGUCAAACUAUUCUGCGUGUGCGUAUGUGCGUAUUUGAAAGACUGCGUAUAACUGCUAGCAUCCAACAGAGGUGAUGAGAUUUCAGCAAUCAACAACUUUAAUGCCGGCCAUCAAGCAAUUAGCGCACCAGCGGGCAACAAUUCUUAAUGAAGAAAAACGCGGUUAAUUGCUCUAGGUAUGCGGUAGCAUAGCGAUGGCAUCCUAUAAAUACUGCAACGUCCUGUGCACGAAUCACCCGUAUCUAUCGCCGUCUCUGAUGACGUGUUCGAGCAUGAAUCCGAAACGUCAAGUGAAUAAAUUUCUUGCUCCAGCGACCGCUUAUAAUUCCUAUCAACAGGUUUGGGUGUCGGACAAGCACGAGUUGAACGCAGUGGGACCAUGCAUUGACAGAACAUCGAAUGCCUAAGAGCGCAUGAGGGAGAUUGUCACUUCACGAAGCUGGGUCAGAGUUGGACAUCAACGCUGUCUCGAGUUGACAGUGUAGGCGUCUCACGAAGCUGUGGUUGUAAUGUGCGCGCACCCGAGCAAUUCAGUGGACUCGCGGAAUGAGAAUGGUCGUACAAUAGAAGCGAAGAGCCGAGUCCCAGGAAGUAAUCUUGAAGAAGGAGACACGAUCGCCGGGACAAGAGCUUUAUUAGCCUGACGUUUCGGAUUCCUACUUAAAUGCAUCAUCAGAGACAAAAGAGCAGAAACGGGUGGUUGUUGCACAAGGGGCUGCGGUAUUUAUAGGAUGCAGCAGCCGUGCUACCGCACACCUAUGAACGUUCACGGCUUCCCCCUUCAUCCGGGAUUGUCACACUUAGUGUAAUCAUUGCUUGAUGGACGACAUUCGAGUCAAUAAUUGCUGCAAUUUCAUCACGUGCGUUGGAUGUUGGCGUGAUGAUUGCUCGACCGUCUGACGCGUUGACCCGGGUGUUAGGAAGAGUGUUCACCAGUGCGCUCCCCGCGAAGAGGGGAGGGAGACGGGGAGGAAGAAGAAGAAGAAGAAGAAGAAGGGGCAUGAGAAAGAAGUUGAGGUGGAAGAAGAGGCGGAGGAAGAAGGAGAGAAAACUUACUGUAGUUAUUAUUUUUGUAAUUAGGGUGGUAAGGAGUGGGAGGAGGAGGAGGAGGAGGAGGAGGAGGAAGAGGAGGAGGUGGUAGUGGUGGAGAAGGAAGGAAGGAAAGAAGGAAAAGAAGAACAGAAAGAAUAA